GUAAAAAGCAGAACUCUCCCAUUCAGUACCAGUGGUAGAGCAAAUAACCACCGCCAUUAUCUCUCUCUCUGACCUAAUCCAAUCCAAUUACUUCACUCCGAUUCACUAAUUUUCUUUAAUUGCUUCCGAUUCAGAAGCAUUUAACUUGGACUAAAUGGAGCAGUAUGAGAAAGUUGCAAAGAUUGGUGAAGGAACAUAUGGAGUAGUGUACAAGGCUCGUGAUCGUGUAACCAAUGAGACAAUAGCUUUGAAGAAAAUACGCUUGGAGCAGGAAGAUGAAGGUGUUCCAAGCACUGCAAUUAGAGAAAUUUCCCUUUUGAAAGAAAUGCAGCAUGGGAACAUUGUCAGGUUGCAGGAUGUGGUACAUAGUGAGAAGCGUUUGUAUUUGGUUUUUGAGUAUCUGGAUUUGGAUUUGAAGAAGCACAUGGACUCAUGUCCCGAGUUCUCUAAGGAUCCUCGUAUAGUUAAAUCAUUUCUCUAUCAGAUACUUCGAGGCAUCGCUUACUGUCAUUCUCAUAGAGUUCUUCACCGAGAUUUGAAACCACAAAAUCUACUUAUUGAUCGCACUACCAAUGCACUGAAGCUUGCAGAUUUUGGAUUGGCCAGAGCAUUUGGCAUACCUGUUAGGACAUUUACGCAUGAGGUGGUAACGCUGUGGUAUAGAGCACCAGAGAUACUGCUUGGGUCGCGGCAUUACUCAACUCCAGUUGAUGUUUGGUCAGUGGGAUGUAUAUUUGCUGAGAUGGUGAACCAGCGGCCUCUCUUCCCUGGGGACUCUGAAAUUGAUGAACUAUUCAAGAUUUUCAAGGUCUUGGGCACUCCAACUGAGGAAACAUGGCCCGGGGUUAAUUCAUUGCCUGAUUUUAAGUCUGCCUUCCCUAAGUGGCCUUCUCAGGGCUUAGCAAGUGUAGUUACAACUCUUGAUUCAGCCGGUUUUGACCUUCUCUCUAAAAUGCUAUGCUUGGAUCCUAGCAAAAGAAUUACUGCCAGGGCGGCCCUUGAGCAUGAAUACUUCAAGGAUAUCGGGUUUGUGCCCUAGUCCUGCUUUAAACCUAUAUCAUAUAGUACCAUUGUAUAGCACUUGAUGGAUUUUGAUUAUGUGUGAAACCUGCAAAACUCUGCAAUUCGGUAUUCCUUUCAAUUUUUCUUGGCUUUCAAUUAAGUCAUCAUUUUGGAUCUGUCUGUUUUAUGCUGUUUUUCAUGUCUUAGAGAGAUUCAUGUCAUACACAAUGGGAUUUUCGCUCUUUUUCAGUUUGUUGUAAUGAAUCAUAUAUACUUAAUGAAUAUAUAUAUAUUCCGGCCU